AUGAACGCAAACCAUAUGUUUCAGCAGCAGUCGCUGCUGUUGGGCAUCCCCCUGCAGCAAAUGCUUCUCCAACAGUUGCAACAGGGCCAGGGUCAGCCCCAGGCUCACAACCAGCAAUUCGUUCAGCAGCAGCAACAACACCAUCCACAACAGCACGCGCAACAGCCUGGCCAAGAUGCAAUGUAUGAGGCCUCCUUUCGGGGAACCUCAUCCAAUGCCAAUGGCGCAAACUCGUUUCCACAACAGCUGUUGGGUCCCGGGUCGUACUCGGUCCAGAAUCAGAUGCUCCAGCCUAAAUUCAUGCCGCUGGGCUCCUCCAUACCUCCUCAACAGCAACAAUCUCAGCAGCAGGGUCAGCUCUCUCAGUUGGGUGCACAGCUUGGCUCUCAAUUAGGAGGACAGAUGGGCUCCAACGGUUAUCCUGGCCAGAACAAGGUUGUUUCUGUCAAUGUUGAUGAUCCUACGACAAUGUAUUGGCAACACCAGAUCCUGUUGUGUCAAUUGUCCCGCGCAGAGAAUAUACCACACUUCUAUGCGCGUCAAUUCGCGUUGAACUCGCGUAAGACAAAGAACCCGUACGCUGACGUGAAAUCCGUGACUCUCAUUGAUGCAACAAAGACGAUUGUUUCUGCUUUGGAAGAACAAGAGAAGCAGCAAAAGGCUGCUCAGGCCUCUCAGACCACUUCCGCUUUGAUGCGCAACAAGAAAACAGAAGUGGAAGAUGACGAGGAGCAGCGCAUGAUGACACGUACGAAAGGAAAACAGCUCUGGUGUCAUAUGGACCUUUCCGGCCAGGGACUCAGCAGUCUCUCGCCCAGGUUAUUCCAGUACGACUUCUUAGAGUCCUUAUACCUCAACAACAAUAAGUUGACUGAAGUUCCUUCGAUCAUUGGCAAGCUUCGUGGAUUGCGUGUACUUGACUUGUCUCACAAUCGCAUCUCUGAGGUACCUCCAGAGUUGGGAAUGUGUUUCAACUUGAGAUACUUAUACCUUUUUGACAAUUACAUCAAAAGAUUACCACAUGAAUUUCGCAACUUGAUCGAGCUCUUGUUUCUAGGCAUUGAGGGAAACCCUAUUGACUUAAGUGUCGCUAAUAUUAUCUCCGAGCGUGGAACAAAGGCCUUGAUCGGUCAGUUCAGGGACAUGGACCCACCUUAUCCUGAGCCAAAGCCAAGAUCCUGGCUUCUAUUGAAGGAAGACGGUGAAGUUAUCGAUCCAGUCUUUGAGCCUGAAAAGUAUGCAGAGGAUCACUUGAACAAGGAUGGUAAUGACUCCUUCACGCUCAUGUCGUACAAUAUUUUGUGUCAACACUAUGCAACCCCGAAGAUGUACAAGUACACGCCUACUUGGGCUCUUGACUGGAACUACCGUAAGAACUCUUUGAAGGAGGAAAUUUUACGUUACAACACAGAUGUUAUUUGCUUGCAAGAGGUGGAAACAAGAACAUUCCAUGAGUUUUGGACACCAAUAAUGAACGAAGCUGGUUACAAGGGAUUUUUCUUUAGCAAAACACGGUCAAAGACAAUGAGUGAGCUGGAGCUGAAGAAGGUUGAUGGAUGUGCCACGUUCAUUCGCAGUUCAAAAUUCUCAUUGAUCCUGAAACAGCACUUGGAAUAUAACACAGUGUGUAUGGGACUGGAUCGUUAUAAGAAGACCAAGGACUUGUUUAAUCGUUUCAUGAACAAAGAUCAUGUUGCGCUUAUAACACACCUUCAACAUUUGGAAAGUGGCGAGAGAAUCUUAGUCGUAAACACGCAUUUGCACUGGGAUCCAGCUUUCAAUGAUGUGAAAGCACUCCAAGUUGGCAUCUUAUUGGAAGAGUUGCAAAACAUCAUCAAGAAAUCAUCUGGUCAAGGCGAGGACUUCAAGAAUACGGCCAUGAUCAUCUGUGGUGAUUUCAAUUCGACCAAACUGAGUGCCGUGUAUCAAUUGUUCUCGACCGGAUCGGCACAUAAACACGAAGACAUGGAUGGAAGGGAUUACGGACGCUUCACCGACGACGGAUUCCACCACAAUUUCAAGUUGAAAUCUGCUUACGACCAUAUUGCAUCCAAUUUCCCAUUCUCGAAUUACACACCCACGUUCACAAACGAAAUUGACUAUGUGUGGUACUCCACAAAUACUUUACAUGUUAAGGGUCUUCUAGGAAAGGCAGACGAGGAAUAUUUCCAACAUCACAUCGGUAUUCCUAACGCGCACUUUCCUUCUGACCAUAUCCCAUUGGUUACCAAGUUUCAAAUAAGAAAUAAGGGACCAAUGGUUUCGGGGAGCAAAAAGCCCGAGUUUAAACCAGACUUGAAGGCUGGCUCCUCGAGAAAGACGUAA